AGUCAUUAUAGUUAUCAGAGCAGCAAGGUAUAUACCAGGAGAAGGCCAUUAUAGUGAAACAGUACAAAUAUGAAAAUAUUCGUGAUAUUUUCGGUUUUUAUUGACAACUUAUGGGUUGUGUCCACGAAUGAUAUGAGCUCCCCUCUGUCCUUUAUCAGCGAGAGAAUUGCAAAUGGUCAGGAUGCUGCUUUCCAUGAAUUUCCAUUUGCGUGCUCCUUGAAGUGGGGAUUCCUUGGCGACCUAUCCCACAUCUGUGGCAGCUCUAUAAUUAAUUCCAACUGGGUUGUAACAGCCGCCAAUUGCAAACCAUACUCUUUGGGAACUUAUCAUGUAGUUUGUGGUAUAACAGAUCGUACCAUCAUCAGAAAUCAGCAAGAACGAAAAGUUGAUAGAUUUAUCGUUCAUCAUAAUUACGCAGGAGGUAUGUCUCUCAAUGACAUAGCUCUUGCUAAUUUCGAUGAGAGUCUUACCUUCAAUGAAUACGUUCAGCCUAUCGCAUUGCCAGAUGGUUCUCUAACCGAAGGCACCGCUACCGUAAUCGGAUGGGGCUUACGCUACACCCUCCAAAUUGACAGUACAAAUCAUUUGCAGCGCGGCGAAGUUCCCAUUGUUAACAACGAUGAAUGUUGCAAUCUUCUGACCAGUCUUGUUCCGGACGCCUGCAGUAAAAUCGAUGCAACUACCAUAUGCGCCGGUGGUGGUCAAGUUCAUACUUGCUCUGGUGAUUCUGGUGGACCUCUUGUAAAGAAAGUGAACGACCAAUGGACUAUUUAUGGCAUUGUGAGCUGGGGAUCCCUAGUAUGUGACGUUAAUAUUAUAAAUCCUCCUACCGUCUACACAGAUGUCUACGCUCACUUAGAUUUUAUUAACCAACACAUAAAUUAAUUUGUAAAUUAAUUAAUUUAACAUUAUAAAUUAAUGAAUUGGUCAAAGCAAUUCAAUAAGUAUUUGUUUUGAGAAUUUGUUUCUAAUCUUCUAUCUUCUUCUUAUCUAAUUUACUUAAUGGUUAUGAAGUGUAAUUUACAAUCCUGAAAAAUUUUGAAAACUUCAAUCAAUGACCGUAUAAAUUUAUCUUACCAUAUUCUUAAACUAAAGUUUUUUUUUUUGUUUGAUAUGAAUAAAAUGUAAUGAACUAACCUAAAAGGUUUAGGUUAGACAUUUUAUUGUUUUUCAGUUUUAUUUUCAUUAUUAACUUUCCGUCAUUGAACAGCUUCUCGUCCUUAAAGGGUUAAAAUUAAAUCUUGUAACUUUCCAAAGAUAUAGAAACAAAUUAUCCAGAUAUAUUCAGAUUGAACUUUCCAGACAAUCAAAUGUUUGUGGAGAAUAGAUCACAGAAAGUUCCAUUAAAGAUGCUUAAUUACUUUCUCACAAUAACACAGCAACUCUCUAACAUUUUCAGUAUACUUCUGACUCUGAUGUUGUUAAACCUUAUAGUGAUUUACAGUUGAUUUAAGACAAUAAAGGCAACAAUAAGGAUGUGUA